AUGAGAAUCAACGAGAGGUCCACUCGUGGCCUCAGUGUCCUUUCCCUACUGGCUCCGGCUAGCGCCACUCUCUAUGACCAGGCCAUCCAGCUCGCCCAGGGCAAGGUGCAAGGUGCUGCUGCAUUCAACGAAAGCAGUGCACCGUCCUACAUCUCGAACUGGAAAGACAUCGCCGUUUGGAAGGGUAUUCCAUAUGCCGCCACAACCGGUGGAGAAAACCGCUGGAAGCCACCACAGGGUGCCCCAUCCUGGAAUGGCACCCUGAAAGCUACUGCAUUUGGGCCCAGCUGUCCUAGCUCUUCAGCUGGCGACGGGGUGAGCGAGGACUGCCUAUCGAUCAAUAUCUGGAGUCCCGCCACCUCCACCGAUGCCAAACUGCCAGUCAUGCUGUGGUCCUAUGCGGCCGGAGGUGAAUCCAGCCAGAGUACCUAUGACGGUGCAGGAAUGGCGGCAAAGGAUGUUAUCUUUGUCAGCUACAACUACCGCACAGGGCCUCUCGGCUGGCUCACAUUGCAUGAGCUGGCCGAGGAGACUGGUGCGACGGGCAACUAUGGUCUCCUCGAUCAGAUCGAAGCUCUGAAAUGGGUAUAUGAAAAUAUCGCCGCUUUUGGCGGAGACCCCGAGUCCAUCACUGUGGCCGGUAUGAUCAAGGGUGCGAUCGCAGAGAGUGGCCUCAAGGACCCAUACGAUCCAGACCUGUGGGGAUACGGAAGUGAGUACCGGAACAUGACCUGGGCGGAUGCCUUCAGCAAGACCUACGCUGAGUCACUCAAUGCGACGAGCGUGGCUGACUUGCGCUCUAUGGACCUCGAAACGGUCCUUAGCGGUGCUGGUGUUUCCGAUUUCACCGGCUUCGAUCCAGUGCUCAACUACCACGCGAUUCCCAACAAAUACAUCGUCAGCCUAGACGAAGGUGCUCCCAACGACGUGCCCAUUUUGGUUGGUAACAAUAAGGACGAGGAUGGCAUCAAUCUGUCCACAACCUAUACCAUCACCGAGUACAAGUCAGAGAUCAAUUCCACCUACGGACCUUACACCGCCGAGCUACUGGCGCUGCAUCCGGCCAAAAACACCACCCAAGCCACAGCCGCAUACAACUCGAUCCUACGUGCUGGAUAUUGCACUUCCACCUAG